AUGGACCACAGCCUGAAGAAUGUGCUGGUGGUCUCUCUCGGCUUUCUCCUGCUGUUCACGGCCUAUGGAGGGCUACAGAACCUACAGAGCAGCCUCCACAGCGAGGCUGGCCUGGGCGUCACUGCGCUCAGCACGCUGUACGGAGCCAUCCUGCUGUCCUCCAUGUUCCUGCCCCCGCUGCUCAUCAGGAAGUUCGGCUGCAAGUGGACCAUCGUCGGCUCCAUGUGCUGCUAUGUGGCUUUCUCCCUGGGCAACUUCAAGGCCAGCUGGUACACACUGAUCCCCACGUCCAUCCUGCUGGGGCUGGGUGGCGCCCCGCUCUGGUCCGCCCAGUGCACCUACAUCACCACCUUGGGGAACAUGCAUGCCAGCAAGGUGGGCAAAAUGGGCAGAGACGUGGUCAACCAGUACUUCGGCAUCUUCUUCCUCAUAUUCCAGUCCUCUGGGGUGUGGGGCAACCUGAUCUCAUCGCUGGUCUUCGGUCAGACACCCACCCAAGAGGCCAUCACGGAGGACCAGCUCUCGUCCUGCGGGGCCAGUGACUGUCUGAUGACUGGCGGGACCACCAACAGCACCGAGCACCCAUCCCAGGUCAUCUACACGCUGGUGGGCAUCUACACAGGUUGCGGGGUGCUAGCCGUCCUGCUGAUAGCAGUGUUUCUGGAACCCAUCCAAGACAUCCAGCAGAACAGCAAAGGGAGGACGUCAUCUUCGUGGGCCAACUUACUGGCCACGUUCCAGCUUCUCCGAGACAAACGCCUGUGUCUGCUGGUGCUUCUGCCCCUGUACAGCGGGAUGCAGCAGGGCUUUCUGGCCGGGGACUACACCAAGUCCUAUGUCACCUGUGCCCUGGGCAUCCAGUUCGUGGGCUAUGUCGCCAUCUGCUUCGCGGCCACCGACGCCCUGUGCUCCCUGCUGUACGGGAAGCUCAGCCAGUACGUCGGCCGGGUCUCCAUCUAUGUGCUUGGGGCCCUUGUCCACCUUGGCUGCAUCGUGGCCCUCCUGCUAUGGAAACCACACCCUGACCAGCUGGCUGUGUUCUUCAUCUUCUCGGCCCUCUGGGGAGUGUCGGACGCUGUGUGGCAGACCCAGAACAAUGCUCUCUAUGGCACGUUGUUCGAGAAGAACAAGGAGGCUGCGUUUGCCAACUACCGCCUCGGGGAGGCCUUGGGCUUCGUCAUAGCCUUCGGAUACAGCACGUAUCUGUGCGUCUACAUUAAACUCUACAUCCUGCUGGGCGUCCUGCUGGCGGCCAUGGUGGCUUAUGGCACUGUGGAGUACCUGGAGGCCAGGACCCCGCGGCCGCUGGACACCCAGCCAGCAGACCAAUCACAGGAUGAAGAGCUGCAGAGAAGCCCGUCACAGGACGGAGGGGUGCAGACAAAGGAGCCACCGCGAGACAAGACACAAACGAAGCUAUAA